AAACUCCCACUUUCUUUCCAUCCAAACAGCUUGAAUUCUGAGAAAGGAAAAUGGGUUCAAAAUCGCUUCUUUUGCUCUGCCUGCUGCUGGCUUGUGCACUUCUCAUUGCCACAGAGGUGGCAGCAGCCAGAGAGUUGGCUGGGGCUGCUUCCACUUCCAAGGAAAACUCUAAGGAGACAAAUGGGGUCGAAGAAGCCCCGUAUGGAGGAGGGUACACCGGCGGCGGAUACGGAGGAGGGUACACCGGCCCCGGAUACGGAGGAGGGUAUACCGGCCCUGGAUACGGAGGAAAUCCCGGCGGCGGCUAUGGAGGAAAUCCCAGCCGUGGCAAGCCUCACAACUGAAGAAGAAGAAGAAGAAGAAGAAGAAGAAGAAGAAGAAAGGUUUAUCCAAUGCUAGCUAACUAGCUAGUAAUUAAUAACGAAUAAAAGCACGAGUUGGAGAUGUCCUCUCAUGGGUUUAGAUUCAUGCGGAUCCUAAAUAUCUGUGUGUUUAGUUAUCUAUCUAAUCACAAUUUAUUUGUUUUAAUAUACUGUUGAAAAAGUGAGUUCAUCACCUUUGAUCAA